CGUUAAAUUUUUAAUACUAAUAAAUGGAUAAUAAGAUUGAGACACAGGUCCUGCGGUUUCAGUUAGAGUCUAUCAGUGUGUACACACCAUCGUGGCUAGGCCCGUCGAUAGCUCGCGUUAUCGUGUUCAGGCCAUCACUAGAACUACCAGGAACAACACACGAGUAAAGGUAUACCUUGUACUCGGUUGUGACUUAGGACCAGACCCCCGACCGAACAGUGACGAAAACGGCGCUUGCAUAAUGAAAAUCUGGACGUCGGAGCACAUAUUCAACCAUCCGUGGGAAACGGUCACGCAGGCUGCGUGGCGCAAGUACCCCAAUCCGAUGACACCCUCAAUCAUUGGCACGGACGUGGUCGAGCGGCGGGUGGUGGACGGUGUGCUGCAUACGCAUCGUCUGGUGCAGUCCAAGUGGUACUUCCCCAAGUGGACUCACGCGUUAAUCGGAACAGCCAAGACCUGCUUCGCCAGUGAGCGGUCUACCGUGGAUCCGGAUCGCAAGCAAAUGGUUCUCAAGACGAACAAUCUCACAUUUUGCCGCAACAUCAGCGUGGACGAAGUUCUCUAUUACGAACCCCAUCCGUCAGACUCCACCAAGACGCUGCUAAAGCAGGAAGCUACUGUGACCGUGUACGGCGUUCCGCUGUCUCACUACAUGGAGGAUAUACUGACCUCCACCAUCAGUACAAACGCGGGAAAGGGCCGGCAGGGCCUUGAAUGGGUCAUUGGGCUAAUCAACACAGAAGUCCAGGGCAUUGCCCGGGGGACGGAUGAACUGAUACACAAUACUCGGCGGUCCAUCGACGAAGUUACAGAAAGCGCCCGCAAGAGUAUGGACGAGAUUAGCACGCAGGCUGCCAAGGCGGCGAAAGCAAUGCACAUAACGUAGGUGGCUACGAGGCGGCAAGGUGGAUGUAGGUGCGGGCCGCGCAGGGCUGUUAAAUAGUGAAUUAUUUUAGAUGGCGCUAGGACCGCCGUUUUAGUACAAGAUUAAUGAAUGGCAGAUCGACAACUAGCACACAAGUGGCAGCAUCCAUUACUCUAUCCUUAAAUCUUUGCAUAUAUUUUUUAUGAAUUCCCUUCCAAGUGGUUGGGGCCAUCAACCCUACCUGGUGUUGACCUGGUGGCCAUGAAGUUUCCGGAGGAACACUCGCCUAACAAUACUGGCGCUUAUUUAAUCAGUCAGAUCUAGAUGAAUAAUUACGCAAUACACAGAUAAUGUAACCGUAGAAUGCCGCUGAAAGCCGAGAUCGAAAAGAGCAACAAUAAAACGACAAUUUUGCCUAAAAA